AGCCAUAACCUAAAAAUAGGGAUGUUUUGUUUAUUUUCUUUCAACCUAAAAUUAAUUUAAAAAAAUCCAAAUUAAGAAAAAACUGGGAAAUAAUAAAGAAAGCUCAAGUGGCUAAAGUUUAAUUUUUUUGCUAAAUUAUUAUCAGAUACGUUCAGGAGAAGGAUUGGUCAGGUUCAAUUAAAGAGGAAUUUUGGAAAACAAUCAAUAAUGAAGAAACUUUCCAGUAUUGUGACAGAAGGACGAAUAUUUUUGGUCAAGAUGUACUACUAUCAUCAUAUGAACGUAGAAUAUGUGAAGAAUGAGUAUAAAUUGUUCUUUGCUGGCGGGGAGCUACCUUCAGAUGAAGUAAUUCUGGAAAUGGUGUCCCUCUUCGAAUCGACAGGGUCCAUUCAUAUUUCGCAUGACAUGUGCAUGAAGGAUCCAUUUGAGAUGGUGGAAGUUGAAGGAAGGAAUUUUUCUGUUGAGGUGAAAUCAGAACCUGAAGAAUUAGGCCAAGGGGAUUUCAAUGUAUUCCAGGAGGAAUCUUCCGAAAAAUUGGAUGUUCCAAUGAAAGAGGAAGACUCUGAUGAGUAUACACCUAUACGUUCCCGGAAACUAAGAAAAUCCAAAAAGAAAACUACAGUUGAGGGAAAGGAAGAGACAGAGGAACAGUGCGUGAACAAGAAAGAGCAACCGGAAGAUAUGGAGGAAGAGAAACCCACAUUUUCCUGUAAAGAUUGUAAUCUCACAUUUAAUGUGAAAACACAAUUUGCAAAACACCUCCGGACACACCCUCCAAAGGAGUAUACAUGUGAAAAAUGUGGAAAGAAGUAUAAAAAGAAAAAUCAUGCAGAAUAUCACAUGAAAAUCUGUCAUGGAGACUAUGCAGAGGAAUUUAGAUGCAAUAUUGAAGGAUGUGGGAAGGUGCUCAAGUGCAAAGAAAACCUCAAGAGGCAUCAGCGAAUUCACAAGGCGCGAAAUUUUGUAUGUGAUGUGUGUGGAGGAAGAUUUAUCAAUCAGCGCAACAUGGAGAUCCAUAUGAGAACACAUACAGGUGCUAGGCCAUAUGAAUGCGAUAUUUGCCAUAAAAAAUUUGCAUCAACCUGCACUUUGAGAAUUCACAUUCGCUACCAUACAGGAGAACGACCAUAUAAGUGCGACUUUUGUGACAAUGCUUUUGUCGAUAAGCAAACAAUGAUUGUCCACCGGAGACAACAUACCGGGGAACAACCUUACAGUUGUCCAUAUGAGGACUGCAAUAGAUUCUUCAAGCAAAAGCAGAAUCUCCGAAGUCAUCUCAAGCACAUCCAUCACGUUCAGUCGCAACCAAAUGCGACAAAACCUUUUAAAUAUUGGCCAACAGAAUAACACAGAAAGGGGUGCAUUUUAUUCUAAAAAUUCUAUUGUAGGUAUCUGUUUGGUAGAAUGGAGCCGGACUUUGUAAUGUAAAUUUAAUUUAGACUGGUAGGUAGCUAAGAACGGUUAAAAUAGUAUUACCUACUUAAAAAAAAUGAUUCUUCUAUUGAAUAUUACAAAAGAAUUAUUCUCAAGCAUUAGAAUAAUAAAAUAGUAAAGUAAAAAUUAUACUGCAAUAAUUAAUUGAAUAAAUUUAUUCAUCUUUGAUUUCACAAUGAUUUGAAACAUAAAA